UUGGUACUUCCGUAAAAUAAAACGUAUCGAGGCUGAGAAGAAGUUAUUACUGCCAGAAAAUGAGCAUGGAGCAUUUUUAAUAAGAGACUCAGAGAGCCGUCAUAAUGAUUAUUCAUUAUCGGUGCGUGACGGUGACACAGUUAAACACUAUCGCAUAAGACAAUUGGAUGAGGGUGGAUUCUUCAUAGCCAGACGCACAACAUUCAGAACACUCCAAGAACUUGUCGAACAUUAUUCCAAGGAUUCCGAUGGAUUGUGUGUUAACUUAUGCAAACCAUGCGUACAGAUUGAAAAACCUGUAACCGAAGGCUUAUCACAUCGAACACGUGAUCAGUGGGAAAUUGAUCGUACCUCACUGAAAUUCGUACGUAAAUUGGGCUCUGGUCAAUUCGGUGAAGUGUGGGAAGGUUUGUGGAAUAAUACCACACCAGUAGCUAUUAAGACACUUAAAUCAGGCACAAUGGAUCCAAAAGACUUUUUAGCUGAAGCUCAAAUCAUGAAAAAGCUCCGCCAUAAUAAAUUAAUACAGUUAUAUGCUGUUUGCACCGUUGAGGAGCCCAUCUACAUUAUCACCGAAUUAAUGAAGCAUGGUUCUCUAUUGGAAUAUCUACAAGUAAUUGCAGGUAAAGGACGUAGUCUUAAGAUGUCGACACUCAUAGAUAUGUCAGCACAAAUCGCUGCUGGUAUGGCAUAUUUGGAAUCACAGAACUAUAUUCAUAGAGAUCUGGCAGCACGUAAUGUACUGGUUGGCGAUAAUAAUAUUGUUAAAAUAGCUGAUUUCGGGUUGGCGCGGCUUAUUAAAGAAGACGAGUAUGAAGCACGAGUCGGUGCACGUUUCCCCAUUAAAUGGACAGCACCUGAGGCUGCUAACUACAGUAAAUUCUCCAUAAAAUCUGACGUUUGGAGUUUCGGUAUUCUUUUAACUGAAUUAGUAACAUACGGUCGAAUUCCAUAUCCAGGAAUGACAAAUGCUGAAGUAUUAACACAAGUUGAACAUGGAUAUCGUAUGCCCCAGCCACCGAAUUGUGAACCACGCCUCUAUGAGAUUAUGUUAGAAUGCUGGCACAAAGAUCCUAUGCGACGACCAACAUUCGAAACACUACAAUGGAAAUUAGAAGAUUUCUAUACAUCAGACCAGAGUGAUUAUAAAGAAGCGCAAGCCUACUGAUAAAUGCUUUAUGCUUCCAGCAACGCGUCAAGCAAUAGCAUCAGCAGCAAUUGCCACAACAACGGCAACAGCGGCAGCACCUGCAACAACAAUAAAAAACGUCAACGACAAUUGCAUAAACAAAAGCAUGUAGUAGAAGCAAUUAAAAAUCAAUCGGACAAAUAAAAAAAUUCAUAUAACAAUUUCCAUACAUUGAUAUAUACAUAUAUAACAAUAAAGUGCCGGUCACAUUUCUAUGUUAUCGGUAUGUUAAACAAAUAAGCAUACACAAAUACAAAAA